CAUACUGAUCGCUAUGUAUCGCGAUACAACAGUUUGAAAUGUUACCAAAGUGUCAUUUUAUAAUUCCCAUAUUAAACAAGUUACCGUGCAUAGUGCUUUGGGGAGAGACAGACUCCAAGAGUGCAGUUCAUUUCACGUGUCUUUAAGUCAUUGUCUGAUAUUAUCCAGAGCUGAAUGUGUGAUUCAUGCUUACUACUAUAUUCUUGCUUUGCAGUUCUUACACAAUUUUUUUUCUUAUUUACUUCUAAAAGUAAAUAAAAAACUUAUAAAACUGUCAUUAUUAUAUAACAACUACACGUAUUAUGAUGUUAUUAUUUAGUUAUGUUGUUGCUUGGUUACAUUUGAUGCCUCCGCACGUGGGAAGCUACCGGUUUGAAAGACGCGGCUUCACUUGCUUUUCUGCACCAAGAUGGCAAGAAUCAGACGAAUGGAGAAAGCUGUUUGCUGGAGCGAUGACAGAUACUGGGCAACUUGGGACAAGUGGGGAGAGGUGAUUGACUGGGGAGAUGAGAAAGAGCUGUGCUCCCCAGCAGAAUCACCUUCUGACCAGGCUGACAGUUCCACUGAGUCACAUUCCCGAAGGCGAAUUGCCAAGGCAGUUAGCUGGACGGAUGAUGCUUAUUGGGCAGCCUGGGACAAGUGGGAAGAGAUCAUCUGCUGGGGUGAUGAAGAGGAGUGCUCCCAAGUAACUCCACCCACUAGCCAGCUUGGGAGGGAUAAGGGGAUAGAUGUACAUGGGUUGGAGGCUUUUGUGAUAAAUAACAGGACAAUCUCCAUAAAGCCUGUAGACAACCAUCAAGAUAGUCUGAAGAUAGGAGCUGUGCUGGUAGACCUCUGCCAGUUUGAUCUCAAAUAUUUAGAUCAAAGUAAAUUUAAUUUUGAAAUUGUGCAAGUACAAAUUGGAGAAGUUGAAGUGGAGGAGACUAGAGAAAAGGCUUUUGAAAAAGCAUUUGAAUUGGAAAUUGUGGAUGUGGCAGUAGAAGUUGUAAACAGUGAAUUCCAACUGAAUGCAAUAAAUUUGGAUAUUGUUGAGACUAAGGUGGACAAAUUAUUAUUGGAAGAACUGAUCGUUGGCGAUUUAGAAGCAGGCAAUGUGAAGGUGUCAGUAUCAAAUGGCAAUGUGGUGAAGGUACCCUUAAGGUACCCUUCACCACAGAGGAACAGAAGAACCAGGCAACCUUAGACCAUACUCUCUGGUGGUUGACUCGUGGCAACUGGACUUGUCUCUGAAAGUUAGAAACGUUUCGCUGUUCAUCCAAGCAGCUUCUUCAGACUGAGGGAGGUAGUAAGUGUCCACAUAUUUAUCCUCCUGGGUAAGUAGUAUAAGGGGGCUCGUUGAGUGAAACAAAGUGGGGGGGGGGAGUUGCGGGUAGAUGUAACCAGUCCCUCCUACUCCAAUAGAGUGGGUCGUUAAGGGUGGUCCACCUGGUGGAGGUGUGAAUUGGGUCUGUUUUUUUCCUGGGAAUUAUUUUUGUUUUGGCAAAUGAUGAGAGGGCCGCAGGUUAAAUUGGAGACAGGUUGUGCCUAAUGCCUCUACCUCUGUUGAGUGAGGGGUUGUGCAUUUGCACAUGCAAAGCUGCUUGGACGAGCGGUGAAACGUUUCUACCUUUCAGAGAGGUACAAUGUCUUUGGAUGUCUUUUGUCUUAUGCAGUCUGGGAGUUGACUGAAUGCUGGGGCGGGGGUAGCUUUUCCUUUGUAGUGGGGUCCGGUGGGGCGCCUUGGGCUCUAUGGGGCCCGGUGGUGCUGCUGCCUUGGGCCCCGGUCUGGAUGGGCCUGGGCCCCCCUCCCUGGAUGGAU